AUGUUGAUUACUAUUGAUUCUAAUCUUGACGAUCACGCGAGAUCACGGCUUGUUGCUGCUGCUGCUGCUGCUGCUGCUGCUGCUGCUGCUGCUGCUGCUGCUGCUGCUGCUGCUGCUGCUGCUGCUGCUGCUGCUGCUGCUGCUGCUGCUGCUGCUGCUGCUGCUGCUGCUGCUGCUGCUGCUGCUGCUGCUGCUGCUGCUGCUGCUGCUGCUGCUGCUGCUGCUGCUGCUGCUGCUGCUGCUGCUGAUGAUGAUGAUGAUGAUAAUGAUGGUGAUGAAGAAUAA